CUGGGGAACAGCUUUGCUUCAAGUUAGUUCAACAAGUUGAACUUCAAGUCCAACAAGUCCAAAGCAUAGGUAGUAUGUUUGCAGGGGAGCUAGUAAAGGUGACUUUCAGCCAAGCCCUACGGCUAAAUGCGGAAACUGCCGCCGCUUGCAGGAUAGACUGCUGAACACUUAGUCUUACCCACUCUGCUGGAAGUAUUUUCAGCAUGUUGGACCCCUUUCGCCCCUGAACUUUGUGCAAUUGACAAUCUGCAAGGUUUCCAAAGAUGGCGGAGAAAGCAACUUCCUCACGGGGCCAUGGUGACUCUACACAUUUUUCCGUCUUGGUGGACUUGUUUGAAGCGGUCAUCAAGGCAAAGAAGGGCCAGAUGAAACGGAAACACCUCAGUACAUUUUUCAACUUUUUGGGGCGUGAUUACUUCAGCGCCAUGCGCUUGAUGAUUCCAGAGCUGGACAAGGAGAGGGGCAACUACAACGUGGGGGCCGACAAGCUCGCCAAAUUCACAGCGGACGCUCUAGGCCUCGGAAAGGACACGUCAGACGCCAAGAAGCUGAUUGAGUGGAAGAGGGGGGGCGCGCGGGCGGGGAAAAGCGCCGGCAACUUUGCGAUGGUCGCGUUUGAGGUCCUGCAGAACAGGCAGAGGGAGACGUCGGGGGGGCUGACGAUCAGGGAGCUGAACGAGACUCUGGAUAAGCUGGUGGCCGCAGAGAAAAGAGAGGCCAAGACCUCUGUCCUGACCGAGCUGAUCAACAAGACCAACGCGCGCGAGAUGAAGUGGGUCGUCAACAUCAUCCUCAAGGACCUCAAGAUGGGCAUCAGCGAGAAGACCAUCUUCUCCGAGUUCCACCCCGAUGCAGAGGACAUCUUCAACGUCACGUGCGACCUGCGCGCAGUCUGCGAGAAGCUCAAGGACCGGACCAAGAGGUUCGCCCGCCAGGACAUCGAAAUUGGCAAGGCCGUCAGGCCACAGCUGGCAGCCCGGGUGAACACGGUCGAGCAGGCAAUGAAGAAGAUGCGGGGCCGGCCGGUUGUGGUGGAAUGCAAGUUCGACGGGGAGCGCAUCCAGUGCCACAUCGACGGAACGCAGCUCAACUUCUUCUCGCGCAACUUCAACGACCACGCCGAGAUCUACCGGGGCGCAAUCGGGGAUGACAUCAUCAAGCAGACCAAGUCGUCACGGUGCAUACUGGAUGGUGAGAUCGUCGUUUGGAACAACGUACUCAAGUCCUUCACGCCCUUCGGGACCAACAAGACAAUUGCGAAGCAGGACGGAGAUGGAAUACAAGGCGACGAGACGAGUGGUCUGCCUACUUUGUCUUUGUACUCUCCUUGUCGAAUCUCCCUGACUCUGGGCCACUCAGACAUCAUCUUCGACAUCCUGUACCACGACGACCGCAGCCUGAUCCACCUGCCGCUGCGCGAGCGCCACGAGAUGCUGAAGCAAGUGGUGACGCCGCUCAAGCACCGCAUCGAAGUUCUGGUGCCGGACGCGAAGCUCAACAGAGAGCCAGGAGUCCAACCGUGGACCAUCAUACCCGCGAGCGCAGAGGAGGCGCAAACGUACUUUCUGGAGAUGGUCGAAAACCGGGACGAGGGCGUCAUCAUCAAGGACCUGGAAUCCAAGUGGGAGCCCGCGGACCGGAGCCCCAACCGCUGGGCCAAGAUCAAGCCGGACUACGUCAACGUAGAGACCGACCUGGACGUGCUUAUCAUCGGUGCUAUGUACGGGGAGGGGCAUCGCCGUGGGGGUCAGCUGUCCAACUUCCUGCUGGGGAUUGCGGAGAGGCCAAAAGCCGGCGGCUUUCCUACCAAGUUCCACACCUUCUGCCGUGUCGGGACAGGCUUCAGCGAGACGGAGUUGGACGCUCUGCGAACCAAACUAGCACCGUAUCUGAGGCGGAACGAGCGCGGGUCGAAGCCGCCCAGCUUCUACGUGUGCACGGGCCACCACAAGGAGCGGCCGGACGUGUGGGUGGACCAGCCGGAGAAGUCGGUCAUUAUGCAGAUCAAGAGUGACAUCCGCACCAUCCAAACCGAGGUUUUCGCCACCCCCUUCAGCCUGCGCUUUCCCCGCUGCCAAAAGAUCCGCUACGACAAGCCCUGGUACGACUGCCUGGAUCUGGACUCCUUCCACGACAUGGUGCUCGCGAGCGGUGGGAACGUGGUCGACGGCUCCCAGUACACGGAGCUCGCGGAAACGGGAACCCAGAAGAAGCGCGUCAAGCCGGAGAAGGCGAAGCUUCCGCUCGUUCCGGCGCACCUGAUGGGAACGGACGUGUCCGGGGUCAAGCAGAAGAGCACCAUCUUCGACGGCUGCGUCUUUUAUUUCGCCAACUUCUCCCCGGAGCACGGCAAGGACGCGAUGCACCGGCUGGUGGCGGAGCACGGGGGAGCCUUCUCCAUGAACCAGAUCGACGCCGUCACGCACAUGAUCGCCGACAGGAAGGAAGGGCCGUACUACCAGGCGGCCGCACGCCGGGGUGACGUCAUCCACACGAGCUGGGUGUUCGACUGCAUCGAAGCGCGGGAACUACUACACGUGCGCCCCAAGUACUAUCUGCACCUGUCGGAGGUCACCCGGCAGGACCUGCGCAGCCAGAUUGACGAGUACGGGGACAGCUACUGCGACGACCUUGACACCGGCGAUCUGGCCCAGCUCUUCUGUAACAUGGACCCCAGCCGGUUGCACCUCCCGGCCCACAGCAUCACCCAGCUGGAGGACAAGUACGACCGGGGCACGCACUGGGGCGUCUUCAGGGGCUGCCACGUGUACAUGCACCGGCCCAUCCACUCCAGCAACGAGGACUCCCAGGCGGUCGCGGCCGCUGCCCUCCGGCGGCUGGCGCUGGACGUCCGCAUGUACGGCGGGACGGUUUUGGACCAGCUCACGGAUGACGUCACGCACAUGGUGGUGUUCGCGACGGCGGACUACCCGGUGACGCACGACAUGGUCGUCAGGAGUCUGACUGCGAGGGAGCGGACCUUGCUGCGCGAGCGGAGGAUCAGGAUCGUGGGCCACUUUUGGGUGGAGGCGUGCCGGGACAUUCAGCGACCGGUGAAGGAGACCGAGUACCUCAUCAGGUCUGAAGACGGAGAUUCCGUUGACCCCAUAAUGGAAGAAGUGCCGAGCCCCCAGCCGGAAAUGAGCAGCGACGACGAAGCCCUGGGGAACCCGUCACCGGUCCCCACCCCAGCCAAGCCCAGCAUCUACGAACUCAACACGCGCCCCCCUGCUCCAAGAAGCGCCAAAAAGGCCCCCCCCAGCGUGAUCAAAGUCCGAAGCCGCCGAGAUUCAAUCGGGCAGAAACUGCCAGAAUCCGAAGUGGGGGGUUCCAUCCAAGUGGAGAAUGAGCGGGAGGACGGGACAGGGAGUGAGGUGACGUCAGCGAAGCCCGACAUUUACGCGCUGAACAUGAAGCCCCCGCCGAAAGGGGGGCGGAAAAAGGCCGGUGGCACAGGAGGGGGAAGGGGAACUAGACGCGGCGUGAAAACAGAGGAGGAGGUGCUCAUGCUCCGCGUGAAGAGGAGCCGGGCGGCCAAGACGAAGCUGACGUCAGCCGAGGGCGAUGAUGACGUCAGCGGGGAGAGCGAGGGGGCGGGGGUAUCGGAACCGGCGCUGGCUCUGGCGCUGCGUCCCAGGAGGGCGGCGGCGGUCGCGGCCCGAGGGCGGCUGACGUCACGGGACGAGGGGAGUGACGUCAGCCUGGAGGAGAGCGAAUCAAAGCCCGGGGAAUUGGAUUUGGAGACGCGGCAGAGACAAGAGAAGGGGAGAGGAAGGGGCCGGUUGCGAAAGGUUGGUGAGGAAAAUUCGGAAGGAGAGGAUCACGAAGGAAGGGCGAAAACGGAGGCGAGAGCAGAGGUCAAAGCAGAGGUGAAGGAGGAAGCGCUGAGUCUCGAGGACCGAGGGAAUGCUGAAGGUGCGGACGGACUGGGUUUGGAUAAGGAACCGAAACCGGAACCGGACGGUGACGUCAGACCUGACGUGGGCGGAUUUACCGGGGAAGGAAUCAGGCAGCGACGGAAAGGCAGGAGGGAAACAGUUGCGGUGAAAGAGGAAGUGAAAGAAGAGGAAGCGGAAGAUCCGGGACCGGUAGGUAUUUGGAGAGAAGGGGAUGCCGAAACGAAGGGUUUGGACCGGUACGUCACGAAUCGAACCGGGGCUGAGGACGAGAGAAAAGUUCGAACGAGGGCUCUAUUCACUCGGAAACGAGACGCCGGGAAUGUAAAUACAAGUCGAGAGCCGGAUAGCGUCUUUGGGGUGAAGGUGAAGGACGAACCCGUUAGCCAGAUCGAGGGACCCGAGUCACAGGUGGGUCCUGGGGAACGCUUCGAUGGGGGACACGUGGCGGAGCCGGAGUGGGGGAGAGAAGACGGGGAGGGGGACGCGGCGAGUGACCCAGGAAAGGUCAAGGGGGAACUGGGACAUGCAUCGGCGGAAAGGGCCUCUGUUGUUGUUGAUGAAACGAGAAUGUCAGCUCCGCAUUUCCCGGACACGACUUCAGCAGACGACAGGAGGGGAGGGUUAGGGGCGGUUGACCCGCCCUCUGGCGCUCGGUUAGCGGAGGAUGCGUCUCGGGCGGAAGCUGGUUCCGUGAGCGAGGCAACCCCGAAGAAGAAACGCAAGGUCAACUUCCGGGAGCAGAUGAAAGCGAUGGGCCUUUGAGAGGAACACAUGCAAGUAGACACUGCCUUUGAUGGUGACUUGUGCUUAGGAAUCGCGACGAAGACCAUAGUUGCUAGUUGAGCACAGAGGCUCCCCGGUGCUUGGCCACGUUUUCGGGAUGCAAUCUGUCGGGCCGUCACGCACUGACUCGGAGAAACAACGCUGGCAGCCUCGCUACAUUUCAGCUGUCAACUGCGCCAGGCGUGGCAUGACGGUGCGGAUCGUGCUAAUAUAUAUUCGACGAUGGUUCAUUGUCAACAAGUUCAACGACGUG